UCUCUCUCAUUCAUCACUCUCACACUAUCCAAGCAAACUCUUUCUCUCUCUAGACUGCAUUUCCACACUCAAUUCCUUCACAAAUGGAACUGCCCGAGUUCAACCUCGGCGGCUACUUCAACGGCGGAGCCACCAAGUUAUCGCCGGAAAAGAAGCCCGCCGGCGGCGAUUUCACCGUUGACGACCUACUCGACUUCUCUAAUGAAGACCCCUUCGUCACCACAGCGGACGGCUGCGGCGGUUUCUUUGACCCUGCCCCCGAUUUGUCAGCGGUCACUGCCGUUGACAGCUGUAAUUCCUCAGUCUCUGGCGGAGAGCCUCAGUUCUCCGGCAACCGGAGUUUUGGCGACUCUCAGAUCUCCGGCGACCUCUGCGUUCCGUACGACGAUUUGGCGGAGCUGGAAUGGCUGUCGAACUUUGUGGAGGAUUCUUUCUCAGCAGACAAGGAUUUACAAUUUCUCCAGUUCCUCUCCGUAAGCAACACAACCAAACCUCAAACCCCCGAAACGUGUUCAUCCUCCGAAACGCCUCAAAACGCACCGCUUUUCCCCUCCGAAACGCCUCCCCCGGGCAAGGCUCGAAGCAAGCGCUCACGCGCCGCCCCCGGAGACUGGUCCACGCGCCUCCUCCACCUCAUCACUCCCAACAAUGACACGAAGCCUCAAACAACAUUGCAUAAGAAGAGAGAUGGUGCCAUUGGUGGGGGCAAUUCGCAUUCGGGUUCAGACUCUUCAGGCCGAAAAUGCCUCCAUUGCGCGGCUGAGAAGACCCCGCAAUGGCGAACUGGACCCAUGGGACCUAAAACUCUUUGCAACGCUUGCGGCGUCCGGUACAAGUCAGGUCGGCUUGUGCCCGAGUACCGGCCCGCCGCGAGCCCUACUUUCGUGUCGGCUAGGCACUCCAAUUCGCAUAGGAAGGUUCUGGAGCUCCGAAGACAGAAGGAGGUUCAGAGAUCACAUCAUCAUCAAUUUCUGAGUCAAAGUUCCAUUUUUGGCGUAUCCAACGGUGGUCAUGAUGAGUACUUGAUCCAUCAUCAUAAUGUGAACGAUUUUCGGCAGAUGAUGUAGUGGAUGCUAGAGUAGGAUAAUUAAGGUGGACCUCUCUAAUUUUAACACGAAAUCUCUAGCUUAAUUUGCUAAUUUUUUGGGUGUUAAAAUUUGAAUUUGUAGUCAAAUGUUUUAAGGGUCAUUGAUUAAAAAAAUUGUAGAAUUGAAAAAAAAAAAAAAGUGGGAAGGGGCAAAAAUUGGGGUUGGCUUUGUAUUCUACUUUCUUUUUAUUGCCGAAUUUGGCAAAUUUAGAAUCAAUUUUAUC